AUAGUAAAGGGAUCUAAACCCCUGUCAAAAUCUUCAGAGAAAAAUGGAAGAAUCGCAAGAUAUUCUACUGAAUUCCAUCGCCAGCUCCGGCGUAACGAUUCCUUCCGGCGUCUCAUCGGUGAAAGAUCUCACGCCGCCGACGUUAUUUGCCGUCUCCUCCCAGGCUUUGUACCUCAUUGACCGCCAAAACUCGUCGUUUCCCGCUUCCUUGCCGGAGAAUUCAGUUGCCGACCGCUCAAAACUCUGCUCAGAGCUUGCCUCCGCUUUCAAAUCUAUAGGUUUCGUCGGAGAUAUCAGCUUUCACAAGUUCCUUUAUCCAUCGGAAGAGGACUUGUACGAGUUGAUAAGGUUCUUGGUUGGGAGGCUAUCUGAUGAUGAAGCUCGAAAAGAGUUAGUUCGAGAAUCUAAAAGAGUUCUUAAGACUCCAGAAGAAAAGCUUGAUGAUGCAGGACUGCUGCCACGUAAGGGGCUUUCGGAGAGACAGGUUGAUCCGUUGAUGAGGAUGACACAAACACCAGAGGCGUCAAAGGAAUCUGAUCUUAUUCCGAAUAAGAUGGAAGAGGUUUAUAAUGGUGUUGAAAUACCUAUAGAAGGUGGAACUGGUUCUAGCAAUGGGACGUCAAGUGGUGAACAAGACGUCCUAGAUUUGGUGGAGGGCGUUAGGAGGAGCUCUUUGAGAGACGGUGAGCAGAAUUUUGAGUAUGGACAAGGACAACAAUCAACUUCACCAUGUGAGCAUUUGCCUCAGACGAACUGCAAGACGGAAACUUUACGAGAUCAAAAGGAAAUGCUUGUGGAGAAUUCAGUCUCAAGCUCUGUUCAAUUACAAGAACUGCAAGAAAAACUUGAUUUAUUGAAAGCAGCAGUUGAAAUGGCUUCUGAUCACAAACAUCCCAGUGACUUUUAUGUGAAUCAGCUAAACGAUCAGGUGGAAGUGAAAAGGGGCAAAAUUGUUGAAAUGGAAAGUCACUGCAUUGAUAGAAGCAAGGCCCUUGAGCAAAAGAAGGUUUCUCUUGAGGAAAAGUUAAGAGCAACAAAUCCAGAGACCUAUGAAAAAUAUAAAAAGGUGGAAGAGAUUGAGUUGAAGUUGGAGAAUAUAUUAGCCGAAAACAAAAGAAGAGAGGAAGAACUCAUUGUACUCUCAGCCAAGGCUGAGAAGCAGCCCAAAUUACAACCUAGAAGAACCUACAUUCAGCGUGUUGAAGAGAUCACCAAAAACAGCCGGAAGCAGGAUGUGGACAUAGAAAGAAUAUUAAAAGAAACAAGGGAGCUUCAGUUAGAGAGCAACUUUGUCCAAGAACGGCUUAAUCGAACUCGUGCAGUGGUUGAUGAGACCGUGUUCAGGGAGGUAAAAAAGGACCAAGUGGGAGAACAAGCUUACAGGAUACUGACUAACAUCCAUGACAGCUUUGAACAAAUAGCUGAAAAUCUUCUUGCAACGGAUAGAACUCGGCGAGAAGUGACUGAUUAUGAAGGUAAACUUGCAAACAUGGCACCUCGAAGUGUUAAUAUUGACAAGCUGAAAGCAGAUCUUGACACCAUCAGGAGGGAAAAUGAUCUUCUAGAAAAGAAAUUAUCCUAAGACUCAUCACAAAGUAUAGGGUAGAACAGUUGGAGUUGAUUGAUUAUUUAAGAUGAAUGUUAUGAACACUGGGUUUUCAUUUUAUGCUGUAAUGUUCUAGUAACACACACACACAUACGCACAUUGAUCUACCUAUCAACUUUUUGUGGAAUCCAUUGCCGGGUUAUAAUAGUGCUGCAAUAUCUUGAUGA